AUGGAUUCAUCAAGAGCACAAAAUCAAAAUUCUUUAUCAACAUCUUAUCAUUUUGAACCAAGUUCACAACAACAACUAAACAAUGAAAGUUUUACAACUAAAUUUCGACAAGCAAUAACAGCUGCUGGAAAACGUAAACCAGAUUCUCAUCAAAGAAAUACUUCUGAAUCUGAUUUAAAUAGUUUAAAUCCGAAGAGUCAAGAACUUAUUUUACGUGCAGUUGAUAAAAUAAAAAAAGACGAUAGUCAACAUGUUCUAAAUACAUUAGAUGAAAGUCGAAAUAUAUUAAGAAGUUCAUUUGAAGAAUUUAAACGUGAACAAGAUGAGUGUCGAAGACAACUUGAAGAAAUUUCAAAAUGUAAAACAACAAAAGAAAUUAGUAACGAAAAUGCUAUUCCAUUAUCAAUAUUUAUGCGAAAAAAACGUGAUAUUGAUGAAUUUUCUGAUGUACGUUCGAAUUCAACUACAAGUUCAACAUAUCGAGCAUAUUUUAAAGCACUUAUUUCAACAGAUCAAAAUAAUAAACAACAUCCAACAGAUAAAGCUGCUGUUCUUAAAUAUCUUCGUCGACGUGAAAGAAGAAAACAUGCUGAAGAAAAUAAAAAAAAUAAUCAAUUAUCUGAUGAUAUGCUUGAAAAACAAACAGCAGAACUUAUAUUAAAAAUGGAAGGUUUAGAUAUUAAAUUAGAACAUGAAAGAGCACGACAAAAUCAAAUUUUACAUGCUCGUGUAAAUGAAAAGAAAAUCAAAACGAAUAAUAUUAUUCAAGCUAAUGAAAUUAUCGAUCAAGCUAAUGAAGCUGAUUUAGCUCGUCAACGUGUUGAAAAAACACAUCGAGGAAAAAUUGAAGCACGUGUAUCAGCUGUACGUGAUCUACAAAAUCGUAGUCCAAAAAAUAUGAUUCAUGUUCAAAGUAAUUUAAAUGAAAAUAAUGAUGAAAAAUUAAACGAAGAACAAAUUGAAACAACUAAAAAGUCUCUUCAAUUAUUAAAUAAUAACGAUGAACAUCGAAAGAUGAAUUCAACGACAACAUCAGUUUAUGGAGAUGGAAAUACAAAGUAUCAAGUUGCGACUAUUGAUAUUUAG